AUCAAUAACAAAUAACAUUCAUUUAAAAUCGCACUGAGCUAAAACACUCAAUAAAUAAAUAAAAAUUCAUUUAGGUAGGAGCAGAUUAUCUAAGGGCGUGGAUGCAACCUCUUCUAUACGCGGAUGUACCGGAUCUUUCACCCUCCGAGCUCCGCUCACUGAGUCUCCUUCCCACUGUUGCUCCAAACAAGCCAACGACAAAUUUGUCGCCUUUCCGAGAACCCAGAGCAGAGAAAAGCUGCUGCAAGUCGCCUUUGGUCUCAGAUCAACCGCCACCGGACCGAUGGCCGAUGUGUCGAUGUGCAGCAGCAACGGCGGCGCAGAGCUAUCGCCGGAGGAAGAGAGGGUUCUGAUUCGCGAUAUUGCGCUCGCCGCCGAAGCCAACAGCAAAGAAGGGGACGAUUUCUUUUUAAUUACCCAGAGAUGGUGGCAGCAUUGGAUAGAAUAUGUCAAUCAAGAGCAGCAAAAUGGUACAAAUGAAGGAUCCUCGAUGUUGAAUAUUCAUCCCGACGCCGUGAGUUCUUCAAAGCGGCCUGCUGGUAUUGACAAUUCUGAUCUGAUAUAUGAUUCAACAUCUCAUGAUGGCAAUGGCAGCGUUGAGAUCCAUGAUAGUUUAUUGGAAGGGCGUGAUUAUGUACUGCUUCCACAGGAUGUCUGGAAUCAGCUAUAUUCCUGGUACGGAGGUGGUCCACCAUUGGCACGCAAAGUAAUCAGUUCAGGCCUCUCUCAGACAGAAUUAUCGGUAGAGGUGUAUCCUCUCCGUCUUCAGCUGUUGGUUAUGCCCAAAGGUGAUCGGUCAACUAUAAGAAUAAGCAAGAAGGAAACUAUAGGGGAGCUGCAUAGAAGAGCUUGUGAGAUUUUUUAUCUUAAUGCAGAACAAGUGUGCAUAUGGGAUUACUAUGGCCACCGGAAGCAUGCUUUGAUGAACGACAUGGGUAAAACACUUGAUGAUGCUAACAUACAAAUGGAUCAAGAUAUUCUCGUGGAGGUUCUUAGCAAUGUCAAUGGUACUGCAUUGAGUGGUUAUAUGAGUUCUGUUCACAACAAUGGAUCUGCCAAGAAGGAAGCUACUUCGAUUCUUUUAGAGUCAUCUAAGUUGGCCUUAUCAAUUGCAGGAGGUUUCCCUGCAAGCAAAGGUGCUUCUCGAAGCUGCAGCUCAGAGAUUUCCCAAGCUCAGAACAUGACGCUGACGGUUAGGGAGUUGGAUAACACAUACGGGAUAACCGGUGUUAGUACAAGGGGUUCUUAUGUUGGCCUUACUGGGUUGCAGAACCUUGGCAACACAUGUUUUAUGAAUAGUGCAAUACAGUGCCUUGUUCAUACCCCUGAAUUCGCUAAAUAUUUUCGAGAAGAUUAUCAUCAAGAGAUAAAUUGGCAAAAUCCCUUCGGCAUGGUGGGUGAGCUGGCUUUAGCAUUUGGUGAUUUAUUGCGGAAGCUCUGGGCACCCGGGCGAACACCAAUAGCUCCUCGCCCAUUCAAAGCAAAGCUUGCUCGCUUUGCUCCUCAAUUUAGUGGUUAUAAUCAGCACGAUUCUCAGGAACUUUUAGCCUUUCUCUUAGAUGGUCUCCAUGAAGAUCUGAAUCGCGUUAAACAGAAGCCAUAUAUAAAGUCUAGAGAUGCAGAUGGGCGUCCAGAUGAGGAAGUUGCCGAUGAGUACUGGGCAAAUCAUAUUGCUCGAAAUGAUUCUAUAAUUGUUGAUGUUUGCCAGGGUCAAUACAAGUCAACUCUGGUUUGUCCAGUAUGCAACAAAAUAUCCGUUACUUUUGAUCCCUUCAUGUACCUUUCCUUGCCUCUCCAAUCCGCCACCACCCGUUCUAUGACGCUCACAAUCUUCACUUUGGACUCGACUACCUCGCCAUUUCCCUGCACCGUGUCCGUGCCAAAGCAUGGAUGGUGCCGCGACUUGAUCCAAGCAGUUAGCACCGCUUGUUCCUUGAAGACUCACGAGGACCUUAAACUUGCUGAGGUGCGUAAUCAUCAGUUUCAUAGAUUUUUAGACGAUCCUUGUAUGCCUUUAUCCUCAAUCAAAGACGAUGAUCGUAUAGCUGCCUAUAAGAUUCCAAAGUUUUCAAAGAAUUCGCUUCUCCUUCGGUUGAUUCACCGCUGCAGACCCCAGGGAACCGGAAAUAAUAGUUUAUCGUCUCAGUGGAAUGCUUUUGGAGUUCCUCUCAUUACAUCCGUUCCAUACGAAGAUUCAAUUACCAGAGGAGAUAUACAGAGAGAAGUGCAAAAGAUUCUUCUACCAUGGUUUGGAGGGGAAAACUUGACACAAGACACGGAUGGUGACAUUUGUGGCGAUCAUGUGACAGACUUAGUAAAAAGCAAUGGUUGUCCUUCAAAGACAAUGUCAUUGAAAUUUUCUCUACAAAUGGCCAAUGGGAGUAACGAGUUGAUCGAUCUCUCGUCCAAAGAAGGGAAAUCUGUUAGAGUUGCCACAUCAUCAGCUCCAGCAGUGGUCUAUGUUGAUUGGUCUCGAGAUCUCAUUGAGAAAUGCAAUACUAACUACUUUGAGAACUUGCCGGAAGUGUUUAAGUAUGGACAUGUGAGUAAGAAAGCUCGUACGGAGCCCCUUUCUUUGUACACUUGUCUUGAAGGUUUCCUGCGUGAAGAGCCCUUGGUCCCUGAAGACAUGUGGUACUGUCCGCAGUGCAAAGAACGGCGUCAAGCAAGCAAGAAGCUUGAUUUGUGGAGACUUCCAGAAGUGCUGGUAAUCCAUUUGAAGAGAUUCUCUUACAGCAGGUCGAUGAAACACAAACUAGAAACCUUCGUCAACUUUCCGAUACGGGACUUUGAUCUGACAAACUAUGUAGCCAACAAGAACAGCACCAGACGUCAGCUGUAUGAACUGUAUGCUCUGACCAACCAUUAUGGCGGCAUGGGGAGUGGGCACUACACCGCGCACAUCAAGCUCCUGGAAGAAAACAAAUGGUACAACUUCGAUGACAGCCAUAUCUCGCUCAUAAACGAGGACGACGUGAAAUCAGCUGCUGCAUAUGUACUGUUCUACCGAAGGGUGAGGAGUAGCGACAAUGUGCUCACCAGCAACGGAGCACUCCCUAACGAGACCAAAACUGAGCCUUUUCAGACGUGAGGGGAUGCAAACAGAAUUGAGUGGUGAAUUGCAGUUUGAAGAAGACAUCUAAAAACUCAUUUAUGUUAUGUUUCUUCAACAGAGAAAAGAGUUUGCUCGAAACGUUUCAUGCAGAAGGGAUCUCUCUUGCACAGAGAACUCGGGGCAUUCGCUAGAGAUGUAAUUGGUAGAGCUUAGUGUAGCAGAAAAAUAGGAUUUACAGGAGGCCCAGACUAGAUGCUGUUUAAGGACGCAUCAGCAGCUGGGAUAUAUGCUGUACUAUUUACAACUUGUAAUUCCUUUGACUUCACCAAAUGCUGUAUCAUAUUUUCUGCUGCUGCUGCUGCUGCUGCUCUGUUUCUAUCUUUCGCUCAUAGCUUCUCAGAGCUCCAUUUGACAGCCAAAAAGAUGCACUUAUGCAGAUGGCUCAAGCUAUUUUGUGAGACCAAAAUGGAGCAGAAAACUCCACAACUCUCCUAUCCGAUUUAUGAUCCUUUCAUCAGCUUAUUUUCUCAAUGGGG